AUGCCGUCUAAAACUAUGAAGAGUUCUACCGCGUCUGCCAAACCGAGAGGGAAAGGGUCGCAGCCUCGGGAUGACUCCGAAGACGAGCUGGAUGCGCCCCCUCCUCAAACCAACGCCAAUGGCCAAGAGGAGGCACCUCCGACAACGGUGGGGGAACCAGUCGAGGGUAUUGACAGCCGGAGUUUGGAGGAGAUUCUCGGUAGCAUCCCUCCACCGCCGCCCCCAACAAUGACCAACGAACCUGGUGCUCCACGGCUCAUGAUCACACAUUUAGUUAACCGCAAUUUUAAGUCUUAUGCGGGCGAGGAAAUACUGGGCCCUUUUCACAAGCGUUUUUCUUGCAUCAUUGGCCCAAAUGGGAGUGGCAAGUCCAACGUGAUAGACUCCAUGCUCUUUGUGUUCGGAUAUAGAGCUCAAAAGAUCCGAUCCAAAAAGAUGUCCGUGCUGAUUCACAGCUCUGACAAACACAAAGAUGUCCAAAGCUGCACUGUGGAGGUGCACUUCCAAAAGAUUAUUGAUAAGGAAGGAGAUGACUACGAAGUCAUCCCCAACAGCAAGUUCUAUGUUUCCAGAACUGCCAACAAAGACAAUUCGUCUUCCUAUCACAUUAACGGAAAAAAGGCCACAUUUAAAGAUGUGGGCGCUUUACUUCGAAGUCAUGGUAUUGACUUAGACCACAACAGGUUUCUGAUCUUACAGGGCGAGGUGGAGCAGAUCGCCAUGAUGAAGCCAAAAGGCCAGACGGAGCACGACGAGGGCAUGCUGGAGUACCUGGAAGACAUCAUCGGCUCCUGUCGACUGAAGGAGCCCAUCCAGCUUCUGUCCCGUCGGAUUGAACUUCUGAACGAGCAGAGGGGAGAGAAGCUUAAUCGGGUGAAGCUGGUGGAAAAGGAGAAGAAUGCUCUGGAAGGCGAGAAAAACAAGGCAGUAGAGUUCCUCACUUUGGAGAAUGACAUAUUCAAACUUAAAAGCCAGCUUUACCAGUACCAUGUAAAUGAGUUGCAGAAGCGUGUUGUUGAUAAAGAGCAAGAAAAAGUAAAGAUUCAAGAAGAUACAAAAGAUCUUACAGAGAAGAAUGCACAGAUCUCACAAGACAUGGAGAAAAUGAAUCAAGACCUUAAGAAUGUGGAAAAAAAACAAAACAAGCUUGACAAGUACAUUGAAUCUCAAAAGGAGAAGUUCACACAGUUGGACCUUCAGGAUGUGGAAGCUCGAGAAAAAAUUAAACACUCCAAAAGUAAGAAGAAGAAACUGGAGAAGCAGUUGGAGAAAGACACAGAAAAGCUGGAGGAAGUUCGCAAAGUACCAGCGAACAGUGAAAAGGCGAUUUCUGAAGCAACAGCUCGUAAAGAGAAGCUUGAGAAGCAGAAAGUUAAAGAGGAGGAAAAACUGAAGGAGGUUAUGGAGAGUCUGAAAGAAGAAACAAGUGGUUUGCAACAAGACAAAGAGUCUAAAGAAAAGGAGCUCAUGGAGCUCAAUAAGGCAGUAAAUGAGACUCGCUCUCGCAUGGAUCUGGCUCAGUCUGAGCUGGAUAUCUAUCUAAGCCGUCACAACACUGCUGUGACCCAGCUCAAUACUGCCAAACAAACGCUGCAGACCACUUCUGACACUCUGCGUGAGAGGAGGGCAGCUAUCAAAGACCUGGAAGUCAAAAUACCACAGAAAGAACAGGCACUGAAAAAGGAUGAGGCGGAGCUCGAGCAGCUUAUGAAGGUCGACAAUGAGACCCGAGAGUCGGUCCGAGAAAUGCGUCAGAAGUAUGAUGAGGCCAAGAGCUCCCUGUCGUCAAACCGUAGUCGCGGGAAAGUUCUGGAUGCACUUAUGCAGCAAAAAAAGACUGGAAAACUCUCCGGCAUCUUGGGUAGAUUGGGCGACCUGGGUGCCAUUGAAGAGAAGUAUGAUGUGGCCAUCUCAUCCAGCUGUGGUGCUCUUGACAACAUUGUCGUCGACACCAUUGACACAGCACAAAAAUGUGUUACAUUUCUCAAGCAACAAAACAUUGGGGUGGCUACUUUCAUUGGCCUUGACAAGAUGAAGGUGUGGGAGAAGAACAUGGCUCCGAUUAAGACUCCAGAGAACAGCCCCAGACUUUUUGACAUGGUGCGUGUCAAAGAUGAGAGUGUGAGGCCAGCUUUUUAUUUUGCCCUUCGAGACACGCUUGUCGCCAAUGACAUGGAUCAAGCAACUCGAAUGGCCUUUCAGAAAGACAAGCGCUGGAGAGUGGUUACUCUGAAGGGACAGAUCAUUGAAAUGGCUGGCACUAUGACUGGAGGAGGACGAGUGAUGAAGGGAAGAAUGGGUUCUUCUAUCAACACUGAGAUCUCUCAGGAAGAGCUUAAUCAAAUGGAAAGCAAGCUGAAUGAGAAAGUGACGCGGCUUCAAGACUAUCAGGAGAAGAAGCUGCAGCUGGAGGAGAACGUCCAGCGCUUUCGGCCAGAGCUGCGAGAUCACAAAAACACCCUGGAGAAAUACGCCAACAGUCUGACUAGUCUAGCGGAUCAGGAAGCUCAUCUCAAACUUCAGAUUAAAGAACUUGAGGCAAAUGUGGUGGCUUCGGCUCCUGACAAAACAAAACAGAAACAGCUGGAUAAAAGCCUGGAGGCUUUCAAAAAAGAUUUUGAGGCUGCGUCCAGUAAAGCCGGGAAGGUAGAUAACGAAGUAAAGCGGCUCCAUAAUUUGAUUGUGGAAAUCAAUAGUCACAAGCUGAAGGCUCAACACGACAAGCUAACUAAAGUUAACAAUGAGCUGGAUGAAUGCUCCUCCAUCAUCACCAAAGCCCAAGUGGCGAUCAAAACUGCUGAUCGGAAUUUAAAAAAGUGUGAGGAUGGAGUGACUCGUCUACAGAAGGAGCUAGAGGAGAAUGCAAAAAGUAUGACUGAACUGUUGGAGCAGCUCAAGAAACUGGAAGACCAGGCUGGAGAAGUCAUGAAGGACUGUCAUGAGGCUGAGGCGGCUCUCCCUGAGGUGCAGGAGCAGUACCAGGCCAUAGUAAAAGAAAUCAAGGCUUUACAGCGACAGGAGCAUGCGCUGCAAGAGGAGUCUUUAGGAGUACGUCUUCGCAUCGAGAAGAUAGAGACCAGCAUUGCUGAGCAAAAGGACAAGAUCAAGCACUAUCAAAAAGAGGCAUCCAAACUAGAACUUCAUUCAAUUGAAGACAAACCAGCAGAGCAGCUUCAGACUUUUACUCCUGACGAAUUGGAAAACAUUUCCGACUCGAACGACAUCAGGAACAAAAUGGCCACCUUAGAAACUCGGUGUGCUCAGAUGAAGCCCAACCUGGGGGCCAUAGCGGAGUAUAAGAAGAAGGAGGAACUGUACCUGCAGCGUGUGGCCCAGCUCGAUGAAAUUACUGCAGACAGGGACAACUUCAAACGCGGCUAUGAAGAUUUGCGUAAACAGCGUCUCAAUGAGUUUAUGACUGGAUUCAACAUGAUAACUAACAAGUUAAAGGAAAACUACCAGAUGCUGACGCUAGGAGGCGACGCAGAGCUGGAGCUCGUGGACAGUUUGGACCCAUUUUCUGAAGGAAUCAUGUUCAGUGUCCGUCCACCAAAGAAGAGUUGGAAAAAAAUCUUUAACUUGUCUGGAGGAGAGAAAACCCUGAGCUCGCUGGCAUUAGUGUUUGCUCUGCACCAUUACAAACCGACUCCACUCUACUUCAUGGAUGAGAUUGAUGCUGCCUUAGACUUUAAAAAUGUCUCCAUUGUGGCUUGUUACAUCUAUGAACAAACAAAGAAUGCCCAGUUUAUUAUAAUCUCUCUGAGGAACAACAUGUUUGAGAUUGCGGACCGCCUCAUCGGCAUUUACAAAACCCACAACACCACCAAGAGUGUUGCCAUCAACCCCAAGACAAUUAUGUUCAAAGAAGUUGCUUAA